AUGCCAUUGUCCUUGAACGCGCAGAACUUUUUGGAGGUUUUCGCCCCUUCGUCAACAACUGUGCCGUCUCUAGAACAGGAGGAUCCGUCAUCGAACAGCUCGCAAAUAUUAGACUGGAUUGCAGAAGUGCUGGACGCGCAAAAUGCUGAUCUGGGGGAACCACCGCUGAGGGUACGCAACUCGCUCCGUAACAUCGGUGCCGGCAACGAGAUCUUGUUUGAUGGGCUUAUGAGAUUAUUGAGAUUUCAUCUGAACAACCAGGGGAGACAGCUUGUCCAAUCAAUUGCCGAGUCGUCCCAAACGAUAUUUAACGUCUCUGGCUUAUUCGAGUGGAUUAUCAAUGUGAGACAAAAAACAAUGUAUUUUGCCUCGCUCACAGCUCUGGUUGCCGACCAGGUCAGACUAGUGACGCGCUGUAUCAACGCUAUUUUUCAGACAACGGCGUUGGAUCCCGUCGUUUUUGCGAGUCUUCGUGAAUGGUACGACAGUGGACUCUUUUCAGAUCCAGGCUUGAUAUCCCACGAACAGCUGGUCGAAACCGCGCAGAUACUCAUUCAGAUAGAACUCGGCGAUGAAUUGACUCAAAUGGUUAUAGAAUUAUUCAAAGACCGGAUAAAGCUGCAUGUGGAGACCAAAUGUUCAAGAGUCUGGAAUAGACCGGUGCUUCAAGAUCUCUCGAACUGGACUCACCAAAUUCUUGUUCCAAAGCUCGGAGAUAUUCUCCCGUCUUGCAAUCUCUCGUCUUUAGAUGCGUUAGUCAAAAAUGAGCUCGUUAAGCUCAGAGUUGGAGAGAGCUUUGACAUAGUGGUCGAUUAUCCGGAUUCCACAUUUGCUCUUGAGGAACUGCGCGCCUGCAUGUCAACUCCGGAACAAAAUGCUCAGCUAGUGAACACAUUCAUCCAAUUGUCAAGAAAGAGGCUACUCCAUGCGGGUGUGAAUACCAUCGACAUCAUCAAGUGCUACAUUUCAACCAUUCGGUCGUUCCUUAUCAUCGAUCAUCGGGGCGUCUUGUUGGACAAAGUGUGCAGACCUAUUAGGGCCUAUCUCAGAGAUAGAGAAGACACAAUUGAGCGUAUUGUGUUUGCGCUACUCGAUACGUCAACCGACAAUAAACUUAUUGAGCUUGCUAUUGAGCUGCGUCAGUCAGACAAGAAGAAACAUCUCACUCAUGAAAUGGAGCGGGAUCUGGACUGGACUCCUGAUCCUGUGGAUGCUUUACCUGAUUUCCGUAAGGGAGUCGUGGAAGAUGUGGUGGAAUCACUAAUUUCAAUUUUCGACUCAAAAGAUGUGUUCAUGAGUGAGCUAACCAAAGUGUUUUCCGAACAGCUACUUCGCAUCACAAACUACGAUGUUCGGGAAGUCUACGGUAAGCUCCAGCUGCUAAAAUCGAGAUUCGGCAACUCAGAGUUUGGGUCUCUGGACGUUAUGAUGAAAGACAUCAUUCAGAGUCGCAAGUUGGACAAGCUUAUCAAUUCAGAUAAAGUUCACGCAUCCAUAAUUUCGCAUAUGUACUGGCCGGAGUUGCCAGAAGAGAAGUUCAAGCUACCUGCAGAGAUACAGACUAAUUUGCAAAACUACGAGGAAGAAUUCAAGAGGAAGAAGAAAGGACGCAAACUCACCAUUUUCCCGUCUCUCACCUACGUGGAUAUCGAUGUUGAGAUUGGCACCCAGGUGAGAAAUUUCAAAGUUUCUGCCGAUAAGGCUUCUAUUCUAUAUUCCUUUCUAGAUAUUCCAAAGGGCAGUGAGGUGAAACUUGCUAUAAUUUGCAUGAAGCUCCAAAUGUCGCUGAAGCUGGUCAGCGAGGGACUGUCAUUUUGGGUGAAACAGGGGGUUCUAAAAGAUUGCGGCAUAAACACCUACAAAAUCAACGAGUGA